CUCCUUUUUUUUUAUAUCCUCUCUCUCUUCUCUCUGGCGGUUCUUCUUCUUCUUUGACGGCCGCCUCUGCGCAGUGAAGCUUUUCUAGGGUUUAUCAUCAAUACAUCUGAUUUCAAUCAUUCACGAUGGCUGAUCUAUAAGGUUUAAGAGAUAAUCUAGAAGAACAGACAAGGGGGAUGAAUAGUGUUUUCAGCGAACAGAUACUUGCAGACAAGCUUUCUAAGCUCAACAGUACUCAACAAUGCAUUGAAACAUUGUCACAUUGGUGCAUCUUCCACCGAAGUAAAGCGGAUAUAGUUGCUUUAACAUGGGAUAAACAGUUCCACAGUACAGAGAUGAUUCGCAAAAUCCCCCUUCUAUACCUUGCAAACGACAUCCUACAGAACAGCAAGCGAAAAGGAAACGAAUUUGUUAAUGAAUUCUGGAAAAUUCUUCCAUCAGCACUUAAGAAUGUACUUGAGAAAGGUGAUGAUCAGGGAAAGAAUGUCAUUUCCAGAUUGGUUGAUAUAUGGGAGCAAAGAAGAGUUUUUGGAUCCCAUACACAAAGUCUGAAAGAUGUAAUGCUUGGAGAAGAAUUGCCUCCACCAUUAGAGUUCAAUAGAAAACGUUCACGGUCUGUUAAGAUUAUAAAAAAGGAUUCGCGCUCAAUUCGAACGAAAUUGACGUUAGGAAGUUCAGCUGAAAGAAUUGUCUCUGCACUCCAUUUGGUGAUCAGUGAAAAUUCCAUUGAGGAUGAAAGUAUGUCCUCGAGCAAAUCAGUUAUUCAACGGAUUAAGAAGAUGGAGCAUUCCGUCGAAGCAGCUUGUAGAAAAGCAAACGAUCCAAAGAGAAAAACAUUGUCAAACGAGUUGCAGCUUGAAGAAACUACUCUAAAACAAUGCAUAGAGAAGCUUAAGUCCGUUGAGGCAAACCGGGCUCUUCUCGUCUCUGAGUUAAGGGACACCCUCCGAGAACAGGAAUCGGAGCUGGAGAAUGUACGCACUCAAAUGCAGGUAGCAAUGGCUGAGGCAGAAGAAGCGAAAGCGAUGCGUGACCAACUCGAUAACAAUGAUCAAGUCUCAAAACCUCCAAAAAAGUCUGCUGCAGCUAUUGCGGCUGAGGUUGCGGACAGGCUGGCAGCUUCCUCUUCUUCUCAAUUCAUCAUGUCUUCAGUCUUAUCAUCAUUUGCAGCUGAAGAAGCAAAAAACGCUCCGAAUAACAACAACACACAACAGAUAUCGGCUCCUAUAUCAAACAAUCCGACUUAUCCUCAACAACAGACGAUUCUCGUACCCAAUCCGAUGGUGGAUAAUACUUCUUACCGCCAUUAUGUUAACCAAUCUUCCCCGUUUGGUUACGGAAACAUGACUCCGAUUCCCCUUACGCCUCCGAUGGUUAACACGGUUAUUCAAAUGCAACCACCUCCGAUGGGUUUUGUUCAGCAACCGAUGAGUUUUCGACCGAUUGGGCCUCCGCCUCCUCAUGGGAUGAUGUAUUAUAAUCCUCCGCGCCCUUCUUAAUGAAAGUUAUGAAUGAGUUUGUGCGAAUUGGAGUUUAUUUUGUUUGGAGACUUUUGAAUAGGGUUUUUGGCUCUGUUUGUUUAGAAUAGGGAGGGGACAUACACUUUCUUCUUUUAGAAAUGUUUUAGUUGUGUUGAUUAUGCUUUUUCUUGUUCUUGAAGACUUUUUUUAUGAUGUAAAACUGUUUUUUUUUUUAUCAAUUGAGACAUGUGACAAUUUUUUAUUU